AUGGCAACUGAGGCCCCGUCGCCAGCCGCCUCGCAGUCCCGGCCUACUAGGGGAGGCCGUGGCGGCAGAGGCGGCCGUGGCGGAGGCAGAGGCCGAGGAGGAGGCCGCGGCGGAAAGGCCAAGGCCACCACCACCAAAGACUACAAAGUCGUUCCGCGCGGCAUCUUCAACUCGCGUGGCAGAGUUAAGACCUUUGUCCAAUCGCGUCCCCAAGCAUCCUUUGACCGCCAGCGGCACCUCAAGGACACGUUCCGUGCCGUCUGCAAAUCCGUCAAGCCUGCCCUGGAGGAGCUGGCCAACCGUACAAUCGGCCGCUUAACGGGCCGCAAGGACGCCUACAAAGACUACGAUGAGACCCCAAAAGUCAAAGCCGCCCUCGACGCGAGGUUGGCCGAGGUCGAGCGGCAGGAAAAAGUUCGUCUUGACCUGGGCGUGGAAAUGGCAAAACGGAGACUCGACGCCGACGAAACCGUUGCAAACAUGCAGUACAAGAACGGAGUCGAAGAGUUGCAUGAAGAAUUCUACGACGGCGUGCUCGAAAGACUUCGCGUGCUCGAGGUCAUGCACGCAAAGGACCUUCCCGUCGACGUCCGUGAUGAUCGUUACAAGUACAAAGUCAUCUCUGACGAUCACCUUGACAAUGACUUUGGUGUCUACAAAGAGUACAAGGAUGGCAUUCUCGUGCCGUAUCCUGCUCGAGUGGAGGGCACCAAAAAGUAUAGGGAGAGCCAGCGAUCUCAGGAGGACGCCAAAGCCGACAAGGCCGCAAAGGCUGCCGCGCUCAAGGAGAAGAACAACACCGGCACCAGAGGCCGCGGAGCUCCGAAGCGAAGGGCCCAAGAUCUGCCCGAGGAUGCACCGACGCCAAAGAAGGCCACUCGGACCUCUGCCCGCCUCGCAGCGGCCGGUCUCUCUGAGACGGGUGCCGCCAAGGGUUUACUUGCGGCCGACGAGGAGGCUUCCGCUCCAUUUGGCACCGAGACGCCCGAUGCCGAGGAUUCCACGCCCGGAUCCCCAGAGCCCGAGGAAGGUCCCGCCGCAAAUGCCACUGAGGGUCUCUUCUUGCCCAAGUCGGCCACGGACGCCGAUGAAUACGGCCUUCGGUCGUGCGAAUGGCGCCAUGACGGAGUCAAUGUCAUCCACAACCGCUUCAUUGUACCCCCAUAUUUCAAGUUCGGCAACUGGGAGAUCGGCUUCAGCGACUCGCGCAAUUCUAAGGAGCAUCAGCGCAAGAAGCAGGCAGCCGCCAAUCCUUUCACUGGCAAGCCGAAUUCCGGUGCCUGGUACUUCGAUCACAGAAUCGUGGAUUACGACUCGUCUCAGCUCACGGCUAGAAGCUUCGAUCAAGAGACUGUGGCCAAACAUGGCCUCCAUCCCACGACCGGUCUGUUCCUCGCAGACAGCAAGAACGACCAGGAGCCGGCUGAACCCUACGUCAUGCCUGGCAAGCCUGUCGUCUACAUUGCGAACCCCUCUGGACGGAUCGUACAUGCUUCCCGGUCGUUCCAAGUCACGACCACUCAACGCAGCGUUGAGGAGGCAUCCGAUCGGGCUGACAUGCGAGCCGCCCUUCACAAGUUCUGCAAGAAGAACGACAUCGACCCUGAGGCUUUGGACCUGACUGGCUAUACCAUGUCCGAUGAGCAACUCCUUGCCAAGUCGCUCGGAACAGCAGAGCUCGAGGAUCAGACCCAGUCUGCCUCCGAGGAAACCACCUCUGACGCGGAAAAUGCCCUCCAGUCCCCUGCCGACGCAAACACCGACUCUCGCGAAGAUGGCGUGACCGGACUUUCUAUCUUGACAUACGCCAGUGCUGUGUGCCAGGCUCAGGAUCUAUCGCGUGCCGCUCCAGCGGUGGCCAAGAGCUCUCGUUAUGAUGCCAUUCGCGACGUGUUCACAUCGUCCAAGCCCGAUCCCACCCCAACACAGGAUGCUGGCUCGUAUGGCAUGAACAUGCUAGCCCAGAUCUGCAACGUCGAGCCUCGUGUGUCUGGCGCCACACCGAACGUCAGCCACGCCGCUCUUGCGGCUGCCCUCGGACAAGGGCAGACGUCGCAAGCUACUGCACCGAGCAGCGAUGCGGCCGGCGCCUAUGCCACUGCAAGCAACGUUUCGGCUCCUGACCAGCAUAAGGGCGGCCAGGACCAGACAACGCACCAUGCCCAGCAGCACGAGGCAACCCUCUCUACACUUGAACCACAACACGAAUAUCCAGCCCAACAACGCGGCCACGCCCUACCACCACCUCCCGCGCAGCAGCCAGACAGAGGCAUGAUGGCACCCACCAUGCCUCAUGAGAGAGGGGUUCAGCAGCAGGACCAAGGCAUGAUUCCUCAGAUGCAGGCACAGCAAGACAGUGGCGUGAUGCCUCAGAUGCAGCCGCAGCAGGACAGCGGCAUGAUGGCCCCGAUGCACCCACAGGACAGCCGCAUGAUGCCACAUCCCGCGGCUCAACAGGGAGGCGCAAUGAUGCCACACCCAGACGCCAGACAUGGCGAGUACCUGCACCAACAGCCUCCUCACCACGGCGGCCAAGGCAUCCAGGCCCCGGAACAACACUACCGGGCUCCAAGCUUCUCGCAUCCAGACGCUCGCGAGCCCCCUUAUCCACCUGUUCGCCCUGGCGAUCAGGCUUACGACCAGCGGGGAAUGGCGACGUACGCGGGAGAAGCACAGCAACCUCCUCCGCAGGGAUAUGGCAGCCAGCCUCGCUGGGAUGCACCAACUCAGGCGGGACCGGUGCCAGUUGCGCCAGCGGGCGCACCUCCGCACCAGUAUCCUCCCCUCCCGCCGCCCACUCUUGGAGGCACGACCCCGUCGAGAAUUCCAUUCUCGCUCAACGCCAGCGCAGACCCAUUGCCUCCACUGCGCCCUACCCGAAGCCGAUUUCAGCUGUUGACAUCGGAGGACACUAUGCACGAGCAAGGCAUUCGGUCGGAGGCCGAUGGCUACUAUCCUCAAGGCCACCACCGCGGCUAUGCACGUGGAUAUCAGGAGCCGCCACUCGCACCCGAGAGAAUCUUACCUAACCCGCAGCAGUCCGGUCAGCAGGCAUACAUGGUAUCACCGCCUCCCCAGGGAUUCACCCACCAGCAGCCUUUGGCUCAUUCGCCCACGCUCGGAAAUCUACCCACCAUGCCGGGCCAACCGAUCCAGCAAAGCCCCCCCGGAACGCCUCACGGAUCUGCCCACCACCAUCGAUCUACCCCGUCGGGCGACGCGGGCAAUGGGAAGUACCGCAAGCUGCAGCCGGCGCCUGUACCAGCGCACAGAGCUUGGAAUAACAAGCCAGAGCUCAAAACGAUUCUGUAUGACCCUAAGGAGACGGGAUCUUCCGCGGCGCUGCCGAGCUCUGGCCCUACUACCAUUAGAGGUUGGAAUGUUAACCAGCCUCGGAAACGCAGCAAGCAGGACCGGACAGACUCUGCCAACGAUCGGGAGGACUCCAGAUAG